UGAUUGGCUGUGCUACUUCAGAAGCGAAACGCGAUUGGUUUAGAGACCUGUCAAUCGGACUAGCAAUAGACGGGUACCCAAGACGGCAGGGUUGCGCGUGUCUUCCCAGGUCCUGGCAGCACCAUCCGGCGAGGAGGUGAGGACGCUGGCCGCCUGUUUUAUGACUGCAAGGAACACUGGAUGUUUUUAUUUUGAAUUCUUCUUCACUGGAUAUACAUGCCCACGAUUUUGAGCGCGAGAAAGCGACACGCCGGUGAACGAGCACAUCGUUAUCGAUGGGGAAAAUAAGUUGAAGGCUUCGGAAGAGUGUUUUCCUUGUUCCAGGAAAACGGAUUGCUCUGUUGAGCAGCGUGAUGGGUGUUUCGAGGGGAUUUUGACAUUUGGAGAGGAUCUGGGGCUAUCCAUCUACAGCUUCGGGCUGGAGCGCAAAUGAAAACGGCAACAGAGCGCCAUUCUGCAAAACAAGCUUCCCGGAUCGAUACAGUGUAGCAGUCUUUUCGCACGGGAGAAUUGCGCGUUUUCAUGUAAAUGUAAACAAGCUGGCGAGCAAGUACCAAAUCAGCAACGGUGGCCUGAUUGAGAUCCACGUAACUUCUGCAAACUGCAUGCAGCCCUGGCGGUGGAAACGGGGCUGGAUGAGCCCAAAAUGGCAAAUAUGAAUGUUGCAUUUCCGCCGUAACUUGUACUAGUCACCUAAUUUCCAUUUCCAUACAAGCCCGAGUUUCGAGCGAAGCAAGGUGCUCCUCAUGCCGCCAACAUGAGGGAGAUUUAAGGCCGUGCGGAAUUGAUUUAUUAUGGGGGGAGCGCAUUAUUUUGAUUUGAUCCCUCUCUCCUUUUUUACCUUUCUUUUGUUUACCCUCCUCGAGAGGUUUCUUGGAUGUCCGAGAUUGUCAUUUUGCUAGUCUGGAACGUAUAACGCGAAAGAUCCUCCGAAGUAGGUCAGAUCAAAGCUGGAGAGUUGUUAGUAUGACACCUUUUCACACUCAUCUUGAUGUAUGGCGGACAUUUAUGCUUUGAUUUGACCCGUCGUUUGGCUCGAUGACAGCCAAAUGAGAGUUUGACAUCUUGGCAGCCUCCCUCUCCAUCUCGUUCGCCUCUUUGUUUUGUUUUUCCACCUCUCAUUUCGGGCUGUUGGGUGAGUGAAUGGCUCUGUGCGGAACGACGGCUUCCAAUGCCGCGAAAAUGAUGGCUGCGUACAACGGCGGCACCGCGGCAGUGGCGGCGCAUCACCCGCACCAUCACCACCAGCUGCCCCAUCUCCCGCCACCCGCACACCUCCACCACCAUCACCACCCGGGCCAGCAUCACCUCCAGCACCCCGGCUCGGCCGCCGCGGCGGCGGUGAUGCUGAACCCGAGCCAGCAGCAGCCGUACUUCCCCUCGCCCGCUCCUGGACAAGCUCCGGGGCCGGCGGCCGCUGCAGCCCCAGCGCAAGUUCAAGCCGCCGCCGCGGCCGCUGUGAAGGCGCAUCACCACCACCACCACCAACACUCGCAUCACUUACAACAACAGCUGGAUAUAGAGCCGGACAGACCGAUCGGAUACGGAGCUUUCGGUGUGGUUUGGUCAGUGACAGACCCCAGAGACGGCAAACGAGUGGCCCUCAAAAAGAUGCCCAAUGUCUUCCAAAACCUCGUCUCCUGCAAGAGGGUUUUCCGCGAGCUGAAGAUGCUUUGUUUCUUCAAGCACGACAAUGUGCUGUCAGCUCUGGAUAUUCUGCAGCCUCCACACAUCGACUACUUUGAGGAAAUGUAUCCUAAACUGUAA